AGUGUUAACUGCCUGUCCCCGGGCAGGACAAGCCGGCUGUAAACCACACCGGCUCUAUUGAUUAAUUAAUGCGCCCUGACUGCGGGCGCAGCGGGGCGGUUCUCAGGCGGUUCUCAGGCGGUACUCAGGCGGUACUCAGGCGGUUCCCGGGCUGCCUGCAGUGGUGUCUGCCGGUGGGGUCUCCGGUGUGUUUGCGGGAGAAGGAGAGAAGAGUAUGAGAGGAAGCUGACAGCACCACAGCACCCAGUGUGGUCCCUGUGGUCCUCUUUUCUUUUCUCUUUUUAACAGCGCGGGCAGAGAGAGAAGAAGCAGAAGAGAGGAAGAGGGGGAGGCUGCAGGGGAGGAAGAGGGAGGGUGUGGGGAAGGGGGCGGGGGGGAGAUGAUGGCUGUGGAUCAGCCGGUGUGUCCACCUCAGCUCCUGCUGCAGGGCUGGGGAGCGGUGCUGCUGUCUCAGUGCUGGUCCUCCGUGUCCUCCCAGGUCCCGGAUCCCGAGCUUUUGCCCACAGAUCCCCCGAAGAAGCCGGACCCCAUCACCUCAGAGUCCGUGGUCUUCUGGGGGCUGCGCCUGUGGCAGGUCAUCGCCAUCUUUUCCAUGUUUAUCUUAGCGAUCGUUAUCACCCUAUGUUGUAUAUUCAAAUGCCGCAUCCCGAGAACCAAAAAGGAGAUCGAGGCGCGUCACGCGCAAAGACUGGCCGCCAAAAAAUACGCCAACACGUUGGAGACGGUGCCACCUCUGAACGAGCUGACUGAGAUCCCAGGAUCUGCGAAGGUAGAAGAGAAAGAAGAGGUGAAGACGGUCUCCGGCAAAGUGGACGCCGACAAAGGAGAGAAGAAGACCAAGGAGGCCAAGAAGGAGGUCAAGGAGGCGAGACAAGGGAAAGGAGACGAAAAGGACGCGCCUCCGAAGAAGGGGGAAAAGGGGCCGACCAAACAAGACGCUGCAGGAGGCAAAGGGAGGAAAUCGGGAGAGAACGAGGACAAAGGGGACAAAGGAGGCAAAGCGGGGGCUAAAGGGGGGGCGAGGAAGGCUCAAAAGUGAACUCCAGCUCCCGGGGACAAUCACCGGAAAAAGAUCUAUGCAGAUUUUUUCAGGUAUUUUCAGGUACUUUUUUUUUUCUAUCAUGACAUUUGUAUAUUAUAUUUGAAA